CCUCUUACGCCAUUACCGAGUUCUUUACACAUUCAAUUUCUGUUACAGGCUGCAGGUGGCAGAUUAGCUCAUGUGCAGGCAGUCAGCCAAGGCUCAACACCACUGAAGUCUGCUCGGUGUGCAGUUUGACUGCAGGGAAAGAUUUGAAGUGGAUCGUGAUUGGCUUCUGGAAAACUCAACCCCGCCCUGAUUGGAUGCUCGAGCCGCUUCCGUGUUGUCAUUCAGAAACUGGCUCUCCUUUCACACAUCUGUAGCUGAGUUUGUCCGACACACUGAGCACCGGGGACGGGAGAGCUAAGAGGUAGGCUCGGACUUUUUCGCGGUUAUCUCGGAAAACGAAAAGCAUUUCGUGUCUCUUGACAUUUAUUGAUAAAUGAACUCGAGGCUGGCUGUAGUCAGAGAGCAGGGAGACAUUUCGGCGUGUUUUAAAAGACUGUGGACACUGGAGGAAAGUUUAUAUCCCUGCGCUGCCCCGGGCAAAAGGUGAGACGGGCGCGACUUCAUCUUUCCUGGCUCUCCCGUUUGUUAUCGACAACAUACGGUGGUUUUGAUCUCAAAAUUACCCAUAUACAGUCGUGUUGUUUCGUUGUUCUAGCAGCAUGUCUGACAAGUGCCGCGCGGUGUAACCAGUUCAUCCAGCUCGGCGGAGUUUCGACUGCUGCUUUGAUAGACUUCCAGGUAAUCCGCUGACGAGCUUCGCAGCACUUCCAAAGCACCCCUCGAAAGCCCUUUCACAAUAAUGGCCGGACUGAGCAAUGUCCACAUGAAAACCCUGGAGGACCUGACGCUGGACUCUGGCUACGGGGCAGGGGACUCCUGCAAAUCCCUCAGCCUGUCCUCCUCCAAGUCCAACUCUCAAGCCUUCAUGACGGCCCCUCAUCGGGGCAACUGGUGGUACUACUCCGGCUCCAUGAACAGCAGGAACAACAGCUGGGACACAGUCAACACUGUCCUACCCGAGGACCCGGAGGACAUCUUCUCCAAGUGUCCCCGCUUGCCUGAGCUGGAAGAGUUCCCCUGGACAGAAGAAGAGGUGGCCAAGAUACUGCGCAAAGUGGCCGAGAGUGGGAGCAUUAAAGGGGGGCCCGCACCUAUGUUCUCUCCGGAGGCUGUGAGGCGGCUGUCAGCUCUCCUCCGCAGGGCCCUGAUCCGCAUCUCCAGAGAGGCUCAGCGGCUCAGCGUCAUGCACUGCCGCUGCACGCGCUUCGAGGUGCAGAGCGCCAUGAGGCUGGUGCUCAGCUGGGCCCUGGCCGACCACUGCGUCUCUGCUACGGUCAAGGCCAUCUCCAUGUAUAGCAUGAGCGCCGGGGAACUGCUGAGGAAGGGCAAGUCCGCCCGCUGCGGCUUGUCCUUUUCCGUGGGACGCUUCUUCCGCUGGAUGGUGGAUACUCGCAUCUCUGUGCGCAUCCACGAAUAUGCAGCCAUAUGCUUGACCGCAUGCAUGGAAGCUCUGGUGGAGGAGAUAGGUGCCCGGGUGCUGAUGGCCGAGAGGCCUCAUUCUGGUCCGGAUUCAGGGUCAGCGUGCGCCCCUGUGAGUGCAGAGGCCCUGGAGGGCAUAGUGAACAAUGACGCUGAGCUGUGGGGAGUCCUGCAGCACUAUGAGCACCUGAUCUGCGGGAAGAACGCCAAUGGUGUGUUGUCUCUCCCAGCCCAUUUCAGUCCUUACACAGAGAACCAGCAGACGUCUGUGGACAGCAGAGAGGAUGCCUAUGCCCAGCUGGAGCUGAGGACGCUGGAACAGUCCCUGCUGGCUACCUGUGUGGGCAGCAUCUCUGAACUAAGUGACUUGGUGUCCCGUGCAAUGCACCACAUGCAGCGCCUGAGCUCUGUGCGCCCAGGACUGAGCCCGGCUCGCCACGCCCGUCCCCAGCAGCCUGUGUCUUGGUCGCCGGACGCCCUCCACACCCUUUACUACUUCCUGCGCUGCCCACAAAUGGAGUCCAUGGAGAAUCCCAACUUAGAUCCCCCACGCAUGGCACUUAGCAAGGAGAGGCCAUUCCUGUUGCUGCCACCUCUGAUGGAGUGGAUGAGAGUGGCCAUAGUUCAUGCUGAGCAUCGCAAGAGUCUAUUGGUGGACAGUGAUGAUGUCAGACAGACCGCCAGGCUGCUUCUCCCAGGACUGGACUGUGAACCAAGACAGUUGAAGCCUGAAUGUUGCUUCAGUUCUUUCAAGCGUCUGGACUCCAAAGCUGCGACAGACAAGUUUCACUUAGACUUGGGUUUUCGGAUGCUCAACUGUGGACGCACAGAUCUCAUUGGCCAAGCCAUUGAUCUGCUGGGGCCAGAUGGGGUGAACAGCAUGGACGACCAGGGGAUGACACCUCUCAUGUAUGCCUGUGCAGCUGGAGAUGAGGCCUUAGUCCAAAUGUUGAUUGAUGCCGGGGCCAACCUUGAUGUGGCGGUUCCACCAUGUUCUCCUAAACACCCCUCUGUGCAUCCGGAUAGUCGCCACUGGGCAGCCCUCACCUUUGCUGUGCUACACGGACACAUCUCCGUAGUACAGCUCCUGUUGGAUGCAGGGGCCAAUGUGGAGGGGGCUGCUGUCCGCAAUGGACAGGAGAAUACAGCGGACACUCCACUGCAGCUGGCUUCAGCAGCAGGGAACUAUGAGAUGGUGAGUUUGCUCCUGGCACGAGGCGCAGACCCCUUAUCAAAAACCCAUGAUGGCAAUGCGCUAACAUCAUCCCUCUACGAGGACAUGAACUGCUUCAGUCAUGCUGCUGCACAUGGACACAGGAACGUGCUGAGAAAACUACUGACUCAGCCCCAGCAAAUCAAAGAGGAUGUCCUGUCUCUGGAGGAGAUCUUAGCUGAGGGGGUGGAGGGCGAGGAGGCUGGGAUCUGCCCUUUCCUCCCUCUCUCUCCCUUCCCAACCCCUUCUUCUGGGUCUGUUGCACUGCCAGAGGCAGGUAUAGUAAGGCUCUGCAAGGCCAGGAUGAAGGCUCUGCAAGAGGCCAGCUACUACAGCACUGAGCAUGGCUACCUGGAUGUCACCAUGGAGCUACGAGCUCUGGGUGUACCAUGGAAACUUCACGUGUGGCUGGAAUCUCUGCGCUGUGCCCAGCAGCAGUCCAGGGCAGGGGUCACCCUCUCACUGCUCAGAGAGUUCACCACAAUCAGAGAGGAGGACUACUGUGAGGAGUUGGUCACCAUAGGCCUGCCCCUGAUGUUCAAUAUCUUGCGUACCACCAAGAAUGAUGCCAUCAUACAGCAGUUGGCUGCUAUUUUUAGCCACUGCUUUGGCCCAGCACCUCUUCCAGCCGUCCCUGAGAUGAAGGCAACUCUUUCAGCGCAGUUGGACCCUCAUUUCCUAAAUAACAAGGAAAUGUCAGAUGUGACAUUUGUGGUGGGGGGGAAACCAUUCUACGGCCACAGAGUCUUACUGAUCACAGCUUCUGACAGAUUCAAGUCUCUGCUGGCAUCCUGUGGACCAGAUGGAAGCCCCAACAAGGAGAUUGAGAUCAGUGACAUCAAGUACAGCAUUUUCCAGAUGAUGAUGUCAUACCUGUACUGUGGAGGAACAGAGUCACUGAAAACUAAUGUUCCUGACUUACUGGAGUUGUUGGCAGCUGCUAGUCUGUUCCAGCUGGGGGUGCUACAAAGACACUGUGAACUCAUCUGCUCUCAGCACAUCAACCUGGACAAUGCAGUCAGCAUCUACAAGACAGCCAAGGCCCAUGGUUCAGUGGAGCUGAGCUCAUUCUGUGAAGGUUACUUUUUGCAGCAGAUGCCUGCUCUGCUAGAGAGAGAGGGCUUCAGGAGCCUGCUGCUGGGACCCCCAGGGGCCCGACAAGGGAACAUCUCUACUUCAGCGCUGGUUCACGGCCGAGGAGAAUCACCUUUGGAGGAGCUGGAGGCCACUCUGGCUCAAAGGCUACGCUCUCUCCACGUCACCUCCCGAGUAUGAAGACAACAGGACAGCUGCUGAGGAGAGAAGACAGGAAUAAGUGGAAGAAUAUGACAGAUGAGGUGGAAGUUUAAUCUCAUCACUGAUAUAGGAUCAGAUCUUAAGAAGCCGUCUAAAUAGUUUUCUUAAGAACAUCUGAUCGUAUAACCGAUAACAAGCAACUUCCACAGUACUCUGACACUGGGAUGCAAAUCAGAGAGUUAUUUGGCAGCAGUUACAACUUUGCUCUGUGGACAGUUCAGUGUUUCAUGUUCAGUUCCAGGCACUCCAUCUUGACAUUUGUUGCAGUGUACAGCAUGUUUAUGAGGAAGAAAACUGGACAAUGUGAUGCUUUUUCCUUCCAGCCUUGGGAAGCUUCACUGGGGGGAGCAACAGAUGGAGGCAACAGGUGGGCACUCUGAAAUAUGAAACACUGCUGCCCUCUGAUGGACAAAACUGGCAAAAUAAGUAACUGCCUUGGAGGACUGGAAUCAAUGGCAACCCCCUGCAAGCUAUGAAAAGGGACAUUAGACUGAAGCAUCUAUUAAAGAAUUGACUGAGGCAGCCAUGCUGGACUUUUGGCUUCGUCAGAUUAAUAAUGCAGAGUGGGAUGAAGGAAGUAGACUCAGUGCCUCCAGCGUUGAUUCAAGCUUCGGAUUAAUAAAUGUACUUUUUAUGUAACUGUAUGUUUCUUAUUUUCUAUUUUUAAAAAAGUAUGACCGGAGAAACAAAACAUGUAAGAGUGGGAUGGAUAUUUUCUAUUUAAUAAGAAAAAAAAAGAUGUGAGAGUAUUUAUCGGGGUGUUCCCUUUUUAUUGUUUUUUUUUUUUUAAUUUUUAAUCCAAGCAAAUUAUUAAUAUUAUUGUUGAAACAUUGCUUUUGUGUAGCUGUUGUUUUUCCAGGUACAUUCUAACAGUUAAUUAAGCUUAUGUAUGCUGAGGCUUAAUGCUUCUAUGCAAGUGCAGCAGCAGAAGCCAACGUGGGAUUUGGAACACAGAAAGUCUCUUUUAAUGCUGAAUAUUGUAAUAAACCUGGUAAACAAGC